AUGGAAGACGAGGAUAUUGUGAUCACCGGUUUAUCGGCUCGCUUCCCGCAAGCUGACCACCUGGUCGAGUUCAAGGAGAAGCUGUAUGGGAAUGUAGACUUCAUCACGGAUGACGAGGCUCGUUGGCCUAGGGGUCUUCUGGGCUUGCCAGGAAGAACGGGCACAAUUCGAGACAUUUCGCGGUUCGACGCCCGCUUCUUUGGCGUGAACCACAAACAGGCACACCUGAUGGACCCACAGAUGCGGCUGCUGCUAGAGACCUCGUACGAGGCCAUCGUGGACGCCGGUUAUGACCCGGCGACGCUGCGGGGUCGCAACGUGGGAGUCUUCAUUGGCUGUGGCAACUGUGAUUCUCACGAAGCGUUCGGCAUUAACGCGGAUAAUAUUGAUGGCUAUGGCUUAGCCGGAAGCAACCGAGCCUUGUUGUCGAACCGCAUCUCUUACUCACUGGAUUUCAACGGCCCAAGCAUCACGAUUGAUACAGCCUGUUCAUCGACAUUGUCAGCCCUAAACCACGCCGUGCUGGCAAUGCGUUCCGGCCAGUGCGAGGCAGCCAUUGUAGGCGGAAGUAUGGUUUCGCUCACGCCUGCUACAGCGCUAGGCUUCCUCCGUUUCGGCAUGCUCUCACCGGACGGGAUGUGCAAGUCAUUCGACGCUCAUGCCGAUGGCUACACCCGAAGCGAAACUGUGGGCACCAUUUUUAUUCAACGAGCCAAGCAAGCUCGACGAAUCUACUCAAAAAUCAUCGGUGUCAAAGCCAACGCAGACGGCUUCACGAAAGAAGGUAUCUCCGUGCCAUCAGCCAAGGUACAAAAAAAACUUCUGCGUGAAGUAUACGCUGAAGCCAACGUGGAUCCGCGGCGAGUGCUGUAUAUUGAAGCUCAUGGUACGGGAACUACGGUGGGCGACCCUGCGGAACUUGCUGCCAUAAACGAUUUCUUCUGCGGGUCAGGACGAGAUACGCCGCUCAAGAUAGGAUCUGUGAAGAGCAAUGUCGGCCACGCCGAAGCCGCCUCUGGAAUUUGUUCUGUGGCUAAAGUUAUUUUGGCCAUGGAGACGGGCACUAUCGCUGCAAACCUGCACUUCACUGAGCCAAACCCCAAGAUUCCAUCGUUGUGUGACGGCAGCCUCGAAGUCGUUGAUAAGCCGACAGCCUUUCCAGGUGGCGUGGUUGGGGUCAACUCAUUUGGCUUUGGUGGCGCCAAUGCGCAUGUGAUUCUGGAAGCAAAACCGGGGCCACAUGUGGACGAUAUUCGGCGGGAAAAGCCGGAGCUGCCUAGACUUGUUCUUUUGGCUGGAAGAAGCAGGGAGUCGCUUGCGCGGGCGAUGGACUGCGUCGAGGCCGAAGGACCGUACCCGGACUCCGCGUACGCCCUCCUGAAUCUCGUAGGCCAGCCAGAUGUCGCUCAGGUUCCAUUUCGAGGCUACGUCUUGGUUCCCGAGGAUGGCUCCGAGAAAGAAGUAUUGAAGGUAGCCGAAGAUGCUCCUGCAAAAAAGCGGCCCCUGUGGUUUGUUUUCACUGGAAUGGGAUGCCAGUGGCAAAGCAUGGCGCGGGAGAUGAUGGACUUUGAUGUCUUUGCAUGCUCCAUCAAACGAUCGCACGAGGUCCUCAGACAGUUUGGCAUUGACCUCAUCGACUUGGUGACUUCACAGAGGGAGGAAGAGACCACGGCGGCCAUUUUUGCAUCGAUAGUUGCAGUUCAGGUGGCACUCGUGGAUUUGCUCUUCGCAGUAGGAGUUCGACCAGAUGGCCUAGUCGGCCAUUCUAUGGGUGAGAUAGGCUGUGCCUAUGCUGAUGGUUGCUUCACAGCUGAACAGGCCGUUCUUUGUGCGUACUGGCGGGGACGUUGCGUCGAUGUCGGCGAUCUGCCCAAAGGAGCCAUGGCAGCCGUGGGUCUAACGUGGGAGGAGGCGACGCGGCGCUGCCGAGAAGGCGUGGAGCCAGUCUGCCACAACUCAGAGGAUUCUGUUACCGUGUCUGGACCAGCCGACGCUGUUUCGGACUUCAUCGAAAAGCUUAGGGCUGAAGAUGUGUUUGCGCGAAUGGUGAUCAGCGUAAACGUGGCCUUCCACAGCAAACACGUGCGCGCCGUCGGACCUGCCCUUCUAGAGGCUCUGAAAAAGGUGAUUCCGGAACCAAAGCACCGCAGCGAGCGCUGGUUGAGCUCCUCAGUGCCACCGCACCGCUGGCAUGAACCGCUCGCUCAAACGUGCUCGGCGGAGUACCAGGUCAACAACUUCCUAUCGCCUGUGCUUUUCUCCGAAGCACUCCAGCAUGUGCCCCAGGACGCCAUCUUGGUAGAGGUAGCACCACACUGCCUCUUACAGGCUAUCUUGCAACGUGCCAUUGGGCCCGACGCCAGCUGCCUCGGCCUGAUGAAGCGCAAGGUUGACAACCAUGCGUACUUCCUAAAUUCAUUGGGAAAGUUGCACUUGCUAGGCGUGCAACUCGAUUUGUCACCGCUCUAUCCGCCUGUACCGCUGCCCGUACCACGUGGAACUCCGAGCAUCGGGCAUCUCGUCAGCUGGGACCACUCUGAAACAUGGAGCGUUGCCAAGUGGAAUGAUUUCGCCCCGUUUUCUCAGCUGUGCGAGGACGUUGUGGAAAUUGAAAUGGGAAACCAUGGACAAGAUGCGUACUUGGCCGGACAUAGAAUUCAAGGGCGUACUAUUUAUCCAGCCUCUGGGUACAUAGUAAUGGCUUGGAAGUCCUUUGCGAAGCGCAGUGGCAAGUCUUUUGACAAGGUUCCAGUGGUUCUAGAAGAUGUGACCUUUCAAAGAGCCGUCAUUUUGCCGAAAAGCGGUAGCGUCAAGUUCCUGGUCAACAUUAUGCGCACAACGGGAGAGUUUGAGAUCUCCGAAGGUGGAAAGUUGGCGGCAAGCGGCCGCAUUCGCGCGGCCAGUAAGAACGAGUUCGUAGCUGGUACGCAGCCGCCGACAACUCAAAGCAGCGACGUGGCCUACGACCUGGCCACCGACGACAUCUACAAGGAGUUCCGACUGCGAGGUUACGAAUACAGCGGUCUCUUCCAGGGCAUCCUCAAGGCUAACAUGAAGAAAGCCCGCGGAAAGCUUCAGUGGCACAGGAACUGGGUAACAUUUCUUGACACUAUGCUUCACAUCUGCCUCCUUCACAAGGCAAAGAGAAAUUGCGAACUACCCAUAAAGAUCCAGUCAUGCCGCAUUGACCCAAAUAUUCAUGCUGAAGUCGCUAAGGAAUGCCAGGAUGGCGGUAUGGAUGCUACCUAUGACCCCUACUACAAUAUUUAUCGUUCUGGAGGGAUUGAUUUGCUAGGACUGAAGACUAAUGUUGCUCCUCAACGCAUCGAAGAGCAGGCGCCUUUUCUGAAUGCGCAUAUAUUCGUGCCGUAUAUAGACAACGACGAUGCUCGACACAAAAGGGAAGCUUGCAUUCAAGAAUAUGUUGACCACUGCAAUUCCAUUGCUCAGAGCAUAAUAAAUGGUAGCAGAAUGGACCCUAAAAUAACCAGCAAAACCAGAAACAUUAAUCUGGUUCUUCAGCAGAUGCUGCCCCGCCACCUCGCAGACACUGGCGAGAACCACGGAUUAUUGCGUGCUCUCGCCGCCGUUCAGAAAGAGGUCAAUACUUCGACAACUUCACUUGAACUCAUUAUCCAGUCUGCGGUGGCUACAUACGAGGGACAGCUGGAACGUGACAUCCUCAUAACAAGCCUUCUUGAAGAGAACCCUCUUAGGCACCUUCUUGAUGUGGUGGUUGAAAAUACCAGUGUGAAGGAGAUCCGCAUUGUCGAGGUAGCGGCUGGAGUAGGUCAUUGCCUCUUGGCUCCUCGUGUGUCAUCACUGAUGCAUAUUAGCAAUUCAUUGCUGAAGAUUGACUAUACGAUUGCUUACCGAUCUUCCGAAUGUGUGAGACCGAAGGAAAUCCCCGAAGGAACCAGGAUAGUCAUAAUAGAUCCUUUCUCUGACGCAAAUAUUAGACUGCCUGAAGCUGACUUGAUUGUGAGCUGCCUGCCCACUUGGAGUUUGUGCGGAGUCAAAACACUGGCGCAAAACCUCUCAAUGCAGUGCAAAAACCAAGAAUUUGUCCUUCUCGUCACGCGCACCAGCAUUACUGAGGCUGAACGUUUGCUGGCGUCGUGUGGAAAAGUUCAGCUGACCGCGCACAUGACCGAAAACGUGCAAUCAUUGUUCAGCCAGAAUGGGUUUUGUGUGGUAGGACUCAAGUCCAAUAACGCUGCUACAUUGCUCUUGCUAAGAAAAAAGGCAAUGGUUGAACUAGCGAACAUAGAGGCUAUAACGACUAGCAAUACUAAGUUUGACUGGGUCCAACUGCUGUCGUCGAAAGCCUUGGAGAUCGAGUGCAAGCCUGCCGGACAUAAUCUAUGGCUUCUUGGCGAAGACCGCGGUAUCAGUGGCGUGGUGGGCCUGACGAACUGUGUCCGUCUCGAAACUGGUGGAAAACGCAUCAGGUGCCUGUUUGACGCAAGCUUGAGCGAGUCACAAUAUGCUGAAUUCCGCCUCAACAACCUACCCGAUCUUGAUAUCUUGGAGAAAGACCUGGCCAUGAACGUCUACCGAGACGGACAAUGGGGAUCCUUUAGAUAUAGCGACGCAAUCGCUGAAGGCGCUGCGAAGGCUACCACGGAGUUUGCCUACCUCAGCAUACAGACCCGUGGUGAUUUAUCAAGCCUACAGUGGUACGUAUCUCCACUGGGCUACACUUCGCCCUCCUGCUCCGUCGACGAGGUGUUGUGCAGCGUCUACUACGCUCCUCUGAAUUUUCGUGACGUCAUGCUCGCGACGGGGAGACUCUCACCGGAUGCAGUGCCUGGCGCUCUCGACAGCCCCGACUGUCUCAUGGGUAUGGAGUUCUCGGGCCGUGACCCGCAAGGACGUCGAGUUAUGGGCUUGGUACCCAACCGGGGCAUUGGGACUGUCGUGGCCGUGAACCCUGCUUUCCUGUUGGAGGUUCCCGAAGCAUGGAGCCUCAAGGAGGCAGCCACCGUUCCGGUAGCGUACUCUACUGCGUACUACGCCCUGCUGGUGCGUGGGAACAUGCAACCAGGACAGUCGCUUCUUGUUCACUCGGGCAGCGGAAGCGUUGGUCAAGCUAUUAUCUCCAUUGCGUUAUCCAUGGGAUGCACCGUCUUCACUACAGUAGGUUCUCAGGAAAAGCGACAAUUUCUCAUGCGUCGCUAUCCACAGCUCGAAUAUAGGAACAUCGCGAACUCACGUGAUCUCUCCUUCGAAGAGCACGUUCUACGAGAAACUAAAGGAAGAGGUGUCGACCUCGUGAUCAACUCCCUGGCUGAGGAAAAACUCCAGGCCAGUGUGCGUUGCCUGGCGAUAAACGGCCGCUUCCUCGAAAUCGGCAAGUUCGAUUUGUCCAAGGACUCGCCAUUGGGGAUGUCUGUGUUUUUGAAAGGCGUCACAUUCCACGGAAUCCUGCUGGAGCUUCUACUUGGAGACGACGCUUUCGCUGUGGCAGAAUUGCGUCGUGUCAUGGAACUACUACGCAGCGGUAUUGCCUCGGGCACCGUGCAACCACUUGACGUCAUCCAGUACCCGAUUGACCAAGCUGAAGAAGCAUUCCGCUUCAUGGCUUCUGGGAAACAUAUGGGCAAAAUUGUACUCGAGAUCCGUGAAGAGGAAACCUCUCGGAAGAGGUUGCCACCAUCUGCACUCACCGUAGAGGCCACGGCCCGCAGCUGGUUCUACAUGCACAAGUCGUAUAUAAUUGUCGGAGGGUUGGGAGGCUUUGGCUUGGAACUUGCCGAGUGGAUGGUGAACCGUGGAUGUCGAAAGUUGAUUCUUACCACGCGAUCCGGAGUGCGCACAGGAUAUCAGCGGAUUUGCCUGCAUAGGUGGGAACAGGCUGGAGUGAAUGUCCUUGUGAGUAAGGCAGAUGCGUCUGCAAAAGAUGGCGCACGAAAAAUUAUCCUGGAAGCUGCAACCAUGGGACCCGUGGGAGGUAUCUUCAACGUUGCUGUAGUGCUUCGCGAUGGACUUCUUGACAAGCAGACAGCCGAAACCUUCGAAGCCGUUUUCAAAAUCAAGAUUAAUGGCACUCAGAACAUGGAUGAGCUCUCUCGUAAUUUGUGCCCGGAGCUAGAUCACUUUGUUGUGUUUUCAUCCCUUACCUCUGGGCGCGGUAACAUUGGGCAAACUAACUACGGCUACGCCAACUCCGCAAUGGACCGCAUCUGCGAACGCCGGUCUGCCCACGGACUUCCUGGUUUGGCAAUCCAAUGGGGUGCCAUCGCUGAUGUCGGAGUGUUCCACGAGAAAAUGGGUGAUGACGCAUUCAUCAGCGGUACGGUGCCACAGCGAAUCACCUCAUGCAUGACUGUGAUGGACCAAUUUUUGAACCAGAGCCAUCCCGUGGUUAGCAGCUGCGUAAAGGCUGAUGAAUUCAACGAAGCGAUUGGGAACAAUAUGCACGACAUCGUCGAUUCUGUCCUGCGCAUCAUUGGUGGCAAGAAUGCAUCAACUCUUAACGCAGAUAUUGCUUUAGGAGAGAUGGGCAUGGACUCCCUUACGGCCGUCGAGGUGAAGCAAACAAUCGAACGAGACUGCGGGAUAUCAAUGUCAAUGCAAGAGGUCAGGCAACUUAGCAUCAACCAGCUUCGCCAGAUCAGCGAGGACGGCAGAGCGAAGGGGCAUAUGUGAAAGGAUAUGCGGUAGCAUUGGAAUCACUUUCUACUAGGGGCAUAGAAUUUCACAAUAUGCGCACUCACCUUUAUUAAACAUGGUUGCUUAUAU